AACAAAAACAAACUUCCCCAAAUCAAUAACGCAUGAAUUUCCAAUUCGCCCAGGGGGCCGUAUAAAAGUGUCUGACGUCGGCCGAAUCGACAUCAUUGUACGAUUUGAAGCAACUUAGGAAGUUACUAGCGAGUUCUACAAACCCAACACAAUGGCAAACUUGUUGAAAAUCUCCCUUCUCCUUUUGGCUGUGGCCAUUGUGGCCUGCAGUGCCGAGGCACCCAAGUCGAAGUUGCGCCAGGUAAGAAGGUUCCAGCAGCAAAAGCAGAAGCAACCCUUGCGUUUGGCACCCAAGCGUAAAUUCGCCCGUCAAGAAGAGCCUGUUACACCAUACCCCACCGCCGAGGAAUUGAAACCGGAAGUGGCUUUCGAAGAAGGCAACGUACCCGAUGAAGUCUACGGCCCACCCGAUGAGGUCUAUGGCCCACCAGAAGCUGAUGUCUCCUCGCCCGAUGUAUUGCCCUCCGAAGAUGCUCCCGUUGAGUUUGCUCCCAAUCCCGAUGCCGAAGAAUUCCAACCAUCCGAACUCGAAGCUGAACGCCUGACCAGCCGCAAGAAGGCCAACAAGAAGAUAGUUCCCUCACGCCUGACCCAAAAGAAGAAGAAGUCCCAGAAAUCUCAACGUUUGGUUGCCGCUGCCCCAGCUCCCGUUGUUGCUGCUGCCGCUCCUGCUGUGCCAGUGUCCGCUGUGCCCUUCACUGCUGCCUUCCCCGCUUCGGCCCACCAAUACUUUGUUGUCAACCAACCCUUCAGCUAUUCGGCCCAGUAUCAAAUUUGGUAAAGACCUCAAGGAAAUAAAACAACGAAAUCGCUCCACCGACCGAAUACCCUCCCCUCUCCUGGGGCGGGGUACUGAUUAGUAGAAUUUGUUAAGUUUGUCCAUGAUGUUGUAGUUUCUGUAAUUGUAGUUAAUGUGGAAUAGUCAUCCUUUGGCUGUGACUGCGAAUGCGAGGUAAAGCGAAUGAUGGAAAUAGAAAACUUGUUAAUAAAUCUUUAGAGAAAACGAAUUAAAUACGAA